GCAAUAUAAAGAAACAAUAUGUAAAUGUCUUCAACAAGAUGAACAUUUUAAAUCUGUAAUAUUAGAUACAAAGUAUACUGGUAGUGUUAAAAAUAUUUUUACUAUCUUAUUUGAUAGUAAUUUUAUACCUGAUUUUGUAAGAAAACUUGAGAAUAAUAAUGAUAUAGAAUUUGGUGAUUGGACAACUGAUGAAAAUGAUUGUAUGAUUAGAAAUAUUAAUUAUACUAAGAAAUUAAAUAAUUCUAUCGGAAUAAAGAGUACAAAAUGUUACAUAUCAGAUGAAGUUUUGUAUAAAGAUUUUAAUGA